UCUAAGGAUGGUGAAACUGGGGAGCAAUUUGAAUGACAAGAACAAGCAGCAGCCGUCCAAUGAGGACGGUUUUCAGACAGUUCCUUUGAUAACACCCUUGGAAGUAAAUCACCUGCAGUUCCCAGCUCCGGAAAAGGUGAUUGUGAAAACAAGAACAGAAUAUCAACCAGACCAGAAGAACAAAGGAAAACUCAGAGUGCCUAAAAUUGCUGAAUUCACAGUCAGUUUCACUGAUGGUGUAACAGAAAGAUUAAAGGUCACAAUUCUCAUAAGUUUGGCUCUUGCAUUCCUCGCCUGCAUAGUGUUUCUUGUGGUAUACAAAGCUUUUACCUAUGACCAUAGUUGCCCAGAUGGAUUUGUUUAUAAGCAUAAGCGGUGCAUCCCAGCCUCCCUGGACGCCUACUAUUCAGCUCAGGAUUCCAACUCCAGGGGACGAUUCUACACCGUCAUCAGCCAUUACAGCAUGGCUAAGCAAACCAGUUCGCGGUCCGUCUCUCCCUGGCUUUCUUCGGGAUCGGUAAAUCAUGAAGCCAAGGCCACCAAGACAGAAGGCCAUUAAAGCAGUGUGGUGGUCAGGGGAUGGGGAAAGGGGGGAAAAGAACAUCAUGUCUCUAAAGCAUUGCUCUAGUUCAGAAAGGGCACCGUGCUUCUAGUGCAACAAGAAUAAACUAACUCCGAGUGCAGGUGUCAUCUUAAUGGAUCUUUCUUUCUCUCGCUCUCUUUCUCUUCUUCUCUCUUUGGUGCAUUGUUCUCGUCGAUUUGUAACUAAGUCACAAUCUUGUACAAAGGCAUGUUAGGUGUUGACUAUAUCUUACAAUGUACAAAUAUUUUUAAAAACCAUUGCUUAAUAUUUGUUAGAAAAAUAAAAAUUUAAAAAACAAAAAAAAGCAAAGGCAGACAACUUUGACCAGGAAGCAGAAGAAACAGCAAACAAAAUU